GAAGAAGAAGCUGCCAGAGUAGCAGCAGGAGAAGGCGACGGAGAAGAAGAAUGAGGAGAAUGCUAAACGGAAAAUAGAGAGAACGAAGUAGUGCUUUGUGAACGUUGAAUUAACGCUGUUACCUCAAAAUAUUACCAUUGAAAAUAGCUGCAUUAUAUCUGCUAAACUAUGACAGAGUCCCAGUCGGCGCUGUUACUCAGGAGACAGCUUGCAGAGCUGAACAAAAAUCCAGUGGAGGGGUUUUCAGCAGGCCUAAUAGAGGACAGUGAUCUCUACAGAUGGGAAGUCCUUAUCAUCGGGCCCCCAGACACACUGUAUGAAGGUGGUGUGUUCAAAGCUCAUCUGACAUUUCCCAAAGACUACCCCCUCAGGCCACCCAAGAUGAAAUUUAUCACAGAUAUUUGGCAUCCUAAUGUUGACAAGAAUGGAGAUGUAUGUAUUUCUAUUUUGCACGAGCCUGGGGAGGACAAGUACGGCUAUGAGAAACCAGAGGAGCGCUGGCUGCCUAUCCACACAGUGGAAACCAUCAUGAUUAGUGUUAUCUCUAUGCUUGCAGACCCAAAUGGGGACUCACCGGCCAAUGUGGAUGCUGCGAAAGAGUGGAGGGAGGACAGACACGGUGCAUUCAAAAGAAAAGUGGCCAGAUGUGUACGAAAAAGCCAAGAGACUGCGUUUGAGUGAUAUUUAGCAAUGAUUUAGCUUCAUGUUUUCAGGGUCCCCAAUUGAAAAUCAACAUGGCACUGUCUCCUCCACUCCUCCACCCUGUCGUCAGGCUUGUCCUCCUUUAUCCCGGCAGGAACAGACUGGCUACUGUAGGCUGCAAUAGAACAUAACAGUGACUACCACAGCUGACAGAAACCCGCCAAGAAAGUGCCAACUCCAAAAACACAAAAAACCCAGAUGAUGAUGAAACAUUUUUCCAAGUCUAUGAACUGCUUCAACAUUCAGGAAGAUAUUGUAAAGACAUGUAAAUAAAACAGACUAAACCGGAUAAUAUAUAAACUCCCUUUCCAUCCAUCAGGACACUUAGACCAAAUGAAUAGAGCCGGUUCCACAUAGAUUUAUUUUUGUUUCCCCUUUUCUCAGCUUCAGCAUGCAUUAGUUCUUUUUAGGUUCUUUUAACAGGAGGUCUUUGCAGAACGAGGAUGCUGUUGAAGGAACGUCAGCAGUGAAGAGCUUGAUUGAUUCCAGCCAGACGUGACCUGACUGAUAAAGUUUUUUUUUCUUUUUAAGAGGAAAACCGCCAUAUUAGAAAACACAGCUGUUCAUCUGGGUUCUUUAACAUUCUUGGAACUCAGCAUCACAUGUGUCCCUGAAUGAUUUAGUUUUUUUAGUUUUUUGUCUUACCACCCAGCUCAGAUGACUAAAAGAAGCCCAAUUCCCCCUUAAUUUUUGUGCAUGUCAGACUCUGUUUAUCUUUAUUCAAAAGUGCCUCCUAAUAAAAUGCUAGGCCACUUCACCCUGCAUUGAACAAUGUUUAAAAAUAUUGAUAAAAUGAUGGAGAAACUGUGUAUCACAUGUGUAUGAAUUUAUUUAAUAGCGAGUACACAGGGAAUCUGUACAAUUAGGGUAUUGGUAAUAAUUUGGUGUAGCAAUAAUUCCUCUAGUAUAAAGUGUACACAUGUUAAUUUUUGAUAUCCUGAUACAGUUUGAGGUCCUCUUCUCUGGUUUUAUUUUAGCAACCUCUUUUCCCCGUCUGUGUUGUCCUCAGUAGGAAUUGUAAUGCAUGCUUUAUCGUACCUUCUUUUCUUUUUUGCUGCUGAAUGUUUCUGGGAUUUUUUUUGCGAAUGUUUGAGUGUUUGCGUAAACAGUAUGUGUGCCCAUUUUGUUUUGCCACUCUUCUUUCCCCUGAUCCAUAUUCCCAUGAUUACUCUGCUCACUGAACUAUUGCAGUUUUGCCUAAUGUACAAAGACAAAAUACUGAUGUAUAUUUUUCAUGUUAUGAAACCUGUCACCUGUAGUGAGUUCUUCUAUAAUAUGACUUUUUUCAAUA